AUGGUCUCUCGAUUGCGCCUGCUGCUCCUGACAGCGGCAUUCUUUGGCGCUUCCCUUGCCGCCGACGAAAAGACCACAACCACGACAGCCUGCACAGCGACAGCAACUGGCGGAAAGGCAUACUUCGACCUGCGACCGGACAUCGCAGUUGCACCGACCAAGGAUGGGAAGCACAAGCGCGCCAAGUCAGAAGACUACACGGCGAGGGGCUACGACUAUGGCUACAACUUCACUCUGAACAUAUGCGAGGCUGUCUUAGAGAAACCGGAGAAGAUCGUGGGCAUCGACGAGGCUCUCUGGAAGAACGUCAGCGCAUACUACGAGGGCAAGGAUGGGAAGACAUACUCCCUAGGACAGCAAUCAUCUGUCCUGACGCCAAGAGGAAGCCAGCUGGUCUUGCAAUACUCCGGCGGCUCGCCGUGCGGCUCAUCGUCAAAGAAACGAGACGCCGAACCCAACGAUGCAACAGACGUCCCGCCGUCGGCCGACAGGGGCUCGAGCAACAGCGCCUACUCCAGCUCUCUGGAUACCGUGACUAUUGGAGACGAUAACACCGUGUUGAUCGAGAAGGCCGAGGAGAUACGGAGGAAAUCCGCAACCAUCUCGUUCCGCUGCGACCGUGAGAGCGUCAGCCCUACCGCCACCGUCUCUUUCGUCGGCGCGGACCCGGAUGAGUGCAACUACAUGUUCGUCGUGCGCAGCCAACAUGCGUGCGCUGGUGUCCAGCCCUCCAAGCCGGGGAGCGUAGGGCCGGGCGGGGUGUUUGCCCUCAUUUUCCUCAUUGCGAUUGCGGUGUACUUUGCCGGUGGUGUCUUCUACCAAAGGACGGUGGCGAACGCCCGGGGCUGGAAGCAGUUGCCGAACUACAGCCUCUGGGCGGGGAUCUGGAGCUUCAUCUCGGAUACCUUUAUCAUUCUGACCUCGUCAUGUGCCCGUUUCAUGCCCAGCCGGAGGGGCUACUCAUCGCUUUCAAUAUCACCAAAUGGGCGCGGGAUGGGAAGAAGCAGAGAAGACGAGGACCGACUGAUCGGCCAACUGGAUGAGGAGUGGGAUGACUGA